AUGCUUUCUCCCUCUCUGUCCCCCCUCCUCACUCCUUGUCUGUGUCGCUCUCUCACCUCUCCUCUCCUGCACAGAGAAGUCAGCUUGCAGCUCAUCUGCCACCCAGUCUCUCUUCCCCCCCGUCCUCAGUUCCCUACUUUCCUUUGCUCCUUCUGCAGACUCUGUGUCCGUCACCUUGGUGCUCAUCCUCCUCAUCCUCGCCACACCAUGGUGAACAGAUAGCUGCCCGGCCGUCCUGAGACCAUGGGUGCCUGCCUCUGCAAAGGUCACACAGAGCUCCAUCUUCCCAUGACAGUCCUGCAGGACCAGACUGAGGAGGGUCAGCCGUCCUCUGUCAAGGAAAGUCAGACUCCAUCCAACGGCAGCGUAGCAGAUAAGAGCAGUCGCUAUGACAUCGCUGAGCUGGCCACCUCCUCCUUGAUAGGCCUGGUGGCCACGAUAAAGGAGCACAUCACCAAGCCAACAGCGAUGGCCCAGGGGCGCGUGGCUCACCUGAUCGAGUGGAAGGGCUGGGGCGGCGGGGGGGAGGCCGCUCGGCAGGGCCGCGCAUGGAGCGGGGCCUGGAGCAAAGGGGGCGGCAGCUGGGGGGGCGCCGAGCUGCAGGAGGACGAGCAGUUCUACUCCCAGAUGACGGACGAGAUCAAGGAGGCGCGCUUCGCCGCAGGUGUAGCAGAGCAGUUCGCGCUGGCCGAGGCUGCCAUGAACGUGUGGUCCAUGCACGACGGCUUAGAGCAGCCCUCCACCAGCCUCCAAGCGCAGGGCCACUUCCUGUCCCAGUUCCUGCUGGACGGCGGCAGCGUCGGCGUCCCGCAGCACCUGUUCAGCGUCCACGCCCAGACGCAGGCUCAGCGGGGGGAGGGGCUCCGCUUCGAGGAGGGGGGCGCCGUGACGUCAGAGGCGGCCGUGCGCCACGUGGACAGCAGCUCGCUGUCCGAGGACGACGUCUUUUACAACUAGUGCUGACGGGAGUGAUGGCGCAGUGUCUGAAACGAGCCUCGCUGUCUGAGAGGUCUCGACCACCAGCAACGACUGAUUCCCAAACACACACACACACACUGGCGUCUAUGAGGAAAAACAGGUGACUCCUGAACUGGAUUUAAGGACCUGAUCUUCAGAUCCAAGACUUGAACUGUAUUAUUUCCCCCCUUUCUGAAUGUACAUAGUUCCACUGUUAUAUUAAAAUUUUUAAAUCAAUGAACAUGGAAAACUUUCAUAUGUAGAACUCAAGUGCUGUAAAUAUCUUGUUAUAAAAUCUCAUUUAAAUUUAUUGUACGUGCUGUA